UGUUUUCUCUCCCGAGGCACCUGACCAGGAAUGGCUUAGCCUCCUGAAGGAGCAGGCGGGGCCGCCCACCCUCCCCGUGGCCUGCGCCAGUGAUGUGGCCCGUCUGGUUCCAGGUGCCCCGGUUCCUCCGUGCCCCGCACACAGGGGUAGCAGUGUGUGGGUGCCAGAGGUCAGGACCGCAAUGGGAACGGGAGGGGGAGGCUGGGCUGGCUGCAGCCGGAGGCCCUGAGCAGAGUGUGUGCGAGCUGGGGCUGAUCUCGGGCCAGCGAGGGUCCCCUGUUGCCCGUGGACCUGCUGUGCAGCCAGAGGCCCCUUCCCUCGCUGGGCCCUGUCCAGCCUCAGGGACAAUCGGAGAUUCAGACCCUGGGCCUGGGGGGAACAAUGGGUCCCUUGAGGGCCUCCCCCCGCAUUGUGCUUGGUGGUGAGAGGUAGCUCUGGGGUCAGCGGGAGGCGCGCGGCCCCGCAGAGCCAGUGUCUGCCCGGUAGGUGCAGGGCUCAGAGAGGCUCCUUCCUGGCCUGCAGAAGGUAGGCCUCCCCACGGACCCGGACGAGCAGCCCACCCUCCUCUCUGGCCUCUACUGUGAGGUCCCGCGCCCCGCCCCUAUGACCAACAUGAGCUGGAGCUUCCUGACGCGGCUGCUGGAGGAGAUCCACAACCACUCCACGUUCGUGGGCAAGGUGUGGCUGACCGUGCUGGUCGUCUUCCGCAUCGUGCUCACGGCCGUGGGAGGCGAGGCCAUCUACUCGGAUGAGCAGGCCAAGUUCACGUGCAACACGCGGCAGCCUGGCUGCGACAACGUGUGCUACGACGCCUUCGCGCCGCUGUCGCACGUGCGCUUCUGGGUCUUCCAGAUCGUGGUCAUCUCCACGCCGUCCGUGCUGUACCUGGGCUACGCCGUGCACCGGCUGGCGCGCGCCCCGCACGCCCCGCGCCGCCGCCCCGCGCGCGCGCCGCCGCCCGGCUGGCCCGAGCUGGGCGACGAGGAGCCCAUGCUGGGCCCGGGCCCCGACGACGACGACGACGACGACGACGCGGAGCCCGUGGGGGCGGCCUCGGGCGCCGGCGAGGACGCGGCCGAGGCCAAGGGCGCGGGCGCGGGGGCGGCGCCGCACGAUGGGCGGCGGCGCAUCCAGCGCGAGGGCCUGAUGCGCGCGUACGUGGCGCAGCUGGUGGCGCGCGCCGCCUUCGAGGUGGCCUUCCUGGUGGGCCAGUACCUGCUGUACGGCCUGGAGGUGCGGGCCUCCUUCGCCUGCGGCCGCCGGCCCUGCCCACACGUGGUGGACUGCUUCGUGUCGCGGCCCACCGAGAAGACGGUCUUCCUGCUGGUCAUGUACGUGGUCAGCGGCCUCUGCCUGCUGCUCAACCUCUGCGAGAUGGCGCACCUGGGCCUGGGCAGCGCGCAGGACGCCGUGCGUGCCCGCCGCCCGCCCGCCGCGCCCGGGCCCGCGCCGCGCCCGCCGCCCUGCGCGCUGCCCGCCGCGCCCGCCGGCCUGGCCGGGCCGCCCGACUACAGCCUGGUGGUGCGCGCGGCCGAGCGCGCUGCCCGCCGCGACCACGGCCUGGCCGGCCUGGCGCUGCAGGCGCUGCGCGACGGCGGCCGCGACAGCCCGCCGGGCCUCGGCCUGCCCGCUGCCUCGAGGGCGCCCGCGCGGCCCGGCGCGCCCGCCUCGGGCUCGGGCAGCGCCACGUCGGGGGGCGCCAAGGCCAGGGCGGGCUCGGAGAAGGGCAGCGCCAGCAGCAGGGAGGGCAAGACCACCGUGUGGCUCUGAGGCGGGUCAGAGAAGCCCGCCGCUGCGUGGACGGGCGCUCUCCUGCCCGGGGUGAGGUGGGCUCGGCCCUGGAAGCCUGGAAGGUUCCCCAGCUCCGACCCGCAGGCCGCAGAGGGGAGCCGGACGCGGGGAGGGGCCCUGGGCCUCCAGGCGCUGCCCUUCAAGCCUUCCCGGUAGGGGCUUCCGAAGACCUCGGCUCUCCCCGCCACUUGGGUAGGGGCAGGGGCUCCUGCCCACAGCCUCUCUGCCCGCCAACCCCUCCCCGGUUUAGACCCCAACAUACACAGCGGGAAUCAAAUAAAACCGACUUUUGUGUACA